AUGGUACCAGUGGCUUUUUAUCACUCGCUGGGAGUGUUCUCCUCAGUCUGCUUUGGCGUUCAGUACGUGCCGCAGAUGUACCUCAACUACAGUAGACGCUCAGUACAAGGCUUCUCACUACACAGUAUCGUCAUCAAACUGAUAGGCGCUGCAUUCUUACUUGUAAACAGUGCAUUAACUGGAGAGUCAAUGCCAAUCGUAUUAUACGGUCUAUUGAAUGUAUUACAACACUCUAUCUUUAUGUUUCAAUUCGCGCUAUUCUCUAAAGAACCAUCCACAAGUAAUAAGACAUUACCAUGGAUUGCAUUCCCUCUAAUACCCUACCUACUCGGUAAUAUAACAAACAGUGUAAAGCCAAUCACACAACUACUAAGCCAUCUACCUCAGGUGAUGGUAUGCAUCAAUGCCAAGUCGACAUCAGGCGUGUCUCUACCAUCGCAGUAUCUAAACUUAUUCGGUGGACUAACAGGAGUCAUCAUGUGCUAUGGUAUAGCUCCAGUGUCCAAGUUGACAUACUUUAUCUUUAUCAAUAGCGUCUGGCAAGCACUGUCCAUCUUCAUCAUGUACUUCUAUUAUGAUUGGCGCAAGAACAAACUCAACAAACCGACCGAGGAUCACAAUCCAUAA